ACUCACUCACCCUUUUGCCAUGCCGCCCGCCGUCGUCCCCAUCAUCGACAAGCUGAGCGCCGUCAGCACGGCGUGGUCGCCGGUCCAAGCGGCCUCCUUCAACGGGCAGGACAUCAAGGUCGUCCUCCUGCAAGGCGACUUUGUCUGGCACUCGCACCCCGACACGGACGAGGUGUUCUUCGUGCAGGAGGGCAGCAUGGAGAUGGGCGUGCGCGAGGGCGGCGUCGAGAGCGUGCUCAAGCUCAACAAGGGCGACAUGUACGUCGUCCCCCAGGGCCAGGAGCACCGCCCGCUCAACGCCAACUGCCGCGUCUUGUUGUUCGAGAAGGCGGGCACGGUCAACACGGGCGACUUUGACGGCGAGGUGCCGGGCCAUAUUACGCAGACAGAUGGCAGGGCAUAGGAACGCCACUGCGAUAUGCAUUGUACUUCAAGCUCCCUCUUAUCUAUGCACU